UCUGUGGAGAAGUCUUGAGCCAGGAGAUAUCUCACACAGGACGCGAACUCAUUGGUUCUAGUAGUUAGCGAGUAAUCGUCAGGUGGCUGCUCUGCAUUCAUUCACGAUUAGGGUUCUCAGCCGAUUCUUUAAACACGUCGUGAUUUUAAGCCCGAGACCGAGUCUGCACACCUCGUCGCGAUGGGAAUCAAAGGAUUGACGAAGCUGCUAGCGGACAACGCGCCAGGCUGCAUGAAAGAGCAGAAGCUAGAGAGUUACUUCGGAAGAAAGAUCGCCAUUGACGCCAGCAUGAGCAUCUACCAGUUCCUGAUCGUGGUGGGGCGACAAGGCACAGAAACACUCACCAAUGAGGCCGGUGAAGUCACCAGUCACCUGCAGGGAAUGUUCACCCGGACGAUUCGGAUCCUAGAAGCGGGGCUCAAGCCAGUCUACGUCUUUGACGGCAAGCCGCCUGACCUCAAGAGGGAGGAGCUCAAGAAGCGAUAUGCUCGGAGGGAAGACGCAACGGAGGGGCUACAAGAGGCGAAGGAGGAGGGCAAGGCGGAGGACGUGGAGAAGUACAGCAAGCGCACGGUGCGGGUGACGCGGCAGCACAACGAGGACUGCAGGCGACUGCUCAGGCUCAUGGGCGUGCCGGUCAUUGAGGCGCCCUCAGAGGCUGAGGCCGAGUGCGCCAACUUGGCAAAGCAGGGCAAGAAGUGGCUCAUGGGCGUGCCGGUGGUUGAGGCGCAGCCAGAAGCAGAGGCUGAGUGCGCCAAUGUGGCCAAGCAGGGAAAGGUGUUCGGAGUGGCAUCAGAGGACAUGGACGCACUCACAUUCGGAGCCCCAAAGUUCCUCCGCCACCUAAUGGAGCCAGCUGCCAGGAAGCUUCCUGUCAUGGAAUUUGAUGUUUCCAAGGUGCUGGAGGACCUAAGCCUGACCAUGGACGAGUUCAUCGACCUCUGCAUCCUGUGCGGCUGCGACUACUGUGACUCCAUCCGGGGCGUUGGGCCCACCACGGCUCUGAAGCUCAUUCGGCAACACAAGAACAUCGAGAGCAUUCUUGAGAAGAUUGGAGACAAGUACCAGGUGCCGGACCCCUGGCCAUACGACCAAGCCAGGACGCUCUUCAAGGAGCCUCUAGUCACACCUUCCGAGAAGGUUCCCGAGAUCAAAUGGACGGCGCCAGAUGAAGAGGGGUUGGUGAAAUUUCUUGUGGAGGAGAAUGGAUUCAACUUGGAAAGAGUAACUAAGAUUGGAGUCGUUCUUCAAGCCUUCAGCUGCACCUCCAUCGACUACUCCAAAGAGAAAGGAGCCUCCACCAGUGAAAGGAGGCAAAGGUGCCACCAAGGCAGGAGCAGCCAAGAAAGGGAAGAGAAAAUGAUCAACCAUAAUGAAAGCAACCAUAACGGAAUCUGCCCUCUCCUAAUCGUUUAGGGCAUCCAUAAUGUUGUGCAGGCGUGUUUCAGGCAUCUGGCGAAUGCAAGGAAAACAACGGUUUAUACAUCUCUGGUGAAAGUGUUGUGGCAAAACCGCAGUGGGGACCACAACGGUUUCAGGCAUGUCGUGAAUGUGAUGUGACAACUGCUGUUCGAAGCACAACAGUUUCAUGGAUCUCACAUUGUGCCACAGGAAAGUGCUGUCAGUUCUGGGUGUUUAAUUUUCACUUGAUGUGCCCCGAGAC